AUGGAAGAUGGCAAAAUGGACCGUCUGAAGGCGCUCCUUCGCGGCGCGCUUGACCGUGUCGAGCACGCUCAGCAGACUGGCGGGCCGCUGGACACCAGCAAUCACUUCCUCGCCCACUGCCUCGCCUACCAGCCUCCGGUGGUGGCCGAGCUCAUUUCGACGCCGCUGCGCGACGCACUCCUCAUAUCUGGCCAGAUGCUCGAGCAGCUCAACGAUCACAUCAACUGCGUGCGGGACGACUGCGCGGCCUGCCCGCCGCUUGAUAGUGAUGGUCGCGUCCGACAGGAGCUGCACGCCGCAAAGCAGAGCGUGGGCACCGUCCUUCGGGUGCGACUGCACGGCCCCGGCCGGUGUCAGCUCGCCAGCGGGCUGCUCUCCACGCGCGGCGAGGGCGACGUGCUGGGGCGACUGCUGAGCAGUGGCGUGCCACCCCAGUGCGACGUGCACAUUGCCCACCGCGUUAGGCAGGGGCAGCGCUUCCUCGUGAGCGGCGCCAACGGGCGAAAGCGCGAGUGCGCCGCCGCUGAGUGGCAAACGCUGUGGCGCGACGGCGGGUGUUCGGGCCUUUGGGUCCUUGGCGACCUGCUGCCCGAGACGCUACUGCCAGUGCUGCGGCUGCACGUGCUGCUCGUGGUCUCGGGCAGCGACGCGUGUGCCUGCGAGCGGGCGCCCGAACACGCACAGCCGCUCCGCGAGGGCAUCUCCGCCGCGGGGGGCGAGUGGGCCGACGUGGACGAGAAGCUCGGCUACUGGCGCGGGCUGCGCGACGCCGAGGAGAAGGCGCAGCACGUCGUGCGCCAGCUGUGGCAGGCACCGCCACCCGCCACCCCGGAUCCCACCUGCCACGCGUCACUGUUAGCGGUCUGCCUCGCCGGCGUCGACUCUCUGCAGUUCGAGGGAGCGGUGGCGCUCGCCACCGCGUACGUCGAUGCGCACGCGGAGGGCGACGCGGAGGGCGCGCUCGACCAUGCGCUCGACGCGCUCGUCACGUGGCAGAGCACGCGCACCUUCGGCACCGGCUUCGCCUCCGGCUUCGGCGGCCUCGCCACGAUGGCCCUCACGGUGCCCACCGCGCUCUUCGCCGCGUGGGCCACCGCCGCGCGCCUGUGA